CCCGCACUCAGCACAGCUCCGCUUUCAUGCUGUGGGGAUCUGUUCCGUUCUCUGGCUCUGUCUACUCUAUGAAUCUUCUGGGCGCGCCGAGUGAAAGCUGCAGCGUGCGGGGGUUAACCGUAGGGGGAAAAGUCGCGUUGUAAAGAGUGAGCGAGUAAAUGGGAUGAGAGCUCAAGUCACUGAACCAGCAGGUCGGACGCUCAAAGCUUCUUAACGGCAGGUGGAGGGAACAGAGAAGGCAGUGGUGGGGGCAGUGUUUUCCCUAGAGAAGACCCACCCUGGAUACUGCUAAGUGUAGGUUUCAGGCAACCAGGCAGAUUGACCACCUCUGCAGACAAUUUCUACGGCCUCACCUCUACCGCCACUAUUUCUUUGACCAUCACGAUGACCAGACCGUAAGUGAACCGAUGAGAACCAACCAAGGAAACGGGACUCUCCACCCUUCCAGAACGCACGGUUUAAGUCCACCAAGCUUAACCCUUGUUAUGGAAAGAGACGCAGAGAGGGGUCAAAUCAGGGGGGAAAGGAGGGGAAGAGGUUUGGGAAAUAGCUUAAGAACAACAAGACACCCGGAACGAGGACAGACGAGGACCAUGCUUUUUCUUGUCUCUCUCGCUUUACAGUCACAGCUGGUGUGUGCGGUGGGUAUGUUUGAGGUACAGAUCAGACAGUUCCAGAACCCUCAGGGCCUUCUGCAGAGUGGGGAGUGCUGUGACCUCCCGUUCAACAGGGGACAGCGCUGCCCCAUCAGUGACCAGUGUGACACCUUCUUCCGGGCUUGCCUGAAGGAGUACCAGGCCCGGGUGGCCCCCACUGGAUCGUGUACGUUUGGGUCGGGCAGCACGGCAGUCCUUGGCGGCAACUCCCACUCUCUUCGCCACCACACGCAUGACGGAGGAGAAGGAAACAAUGGGCGCAUCGUCAUUCCAUUUGCCUUCGCCUGGCCAAAAUCCUUCUCCCUGGUGCUGGAGGCUCUUGAUCACGACAAUGAAACCGAACAGGUGAAGGAGCAGCUGAUUGAGCGCGUGCUGCUGUCGUCCAUGCUGAACCCCAGCGAGCAGUGGCAGCUCUUCAAGCACCACGGCCACCACCUGGAGCUGGAGUUCCGCCUGCGCUUCCACUGCGAGGCCAACUACUUCGGCUCCGCCUGCAACCGCUUCUGCCGCGUCCGCGACGACUUCUUCGGACACUUCGACUGCGACGCCACCGGCACCAAGGUCUGCAAGGAGGGCUGGACGGGCCCGGAGUGUCGGGAGGCUGUCUGUCGGCAGGGAUGCCACAGGGACCACGGCACCUGCAAGCAGCCCGGCGAGUGCAUCUGCAGCUACGGCUGGAGGGGCCUUUUGUGCGACGAGUGUGAAACCUUCCCUGGGUGUGUCCAUGGCACCUGCACGGAGCCAUGGAAGUGUGUGUGCGACACCAACUGGGGUGGACUGUUGUGUGACAAAGACCUGAACUACUGUGGCACUCACUCGCCCUGCAAAAACGGGGGUACGUGUGCCAACACAGAGCCCAACGAGUACCAGUGUGUGUGCCAGGAGGGCUUCCGCGGCCGAAAUUGUGACAUUGUGGAGCAUGCCUGCUUGUCGUCACCCUGUCUGAAUGGAGGCACCUGCGUAGAGGAUGACAACCCUGCAGGCUUUAAGUGUGUCUGUGCAGAUGGCUGGACGGGCCCCACCUGUGCAGACGCCGUGCUGAAGUGUGAGUCCAGCCCGUGUGGCCGGGGAGCGACGUGCCAGGACACCAGCGAGGGCUUCCAGUGCCUGUGUCCCCCGGGCUGGACCGGCAGGACCUGCCAACUGGACACCAACGAAUGUGAGAUGAAUAUGUGCAUCAACGCCCGCUCCUGCCGCAACCUGAUUGGUGGCUACCUCUGCGACUGCCUGCCGGGCUGGUCCGGCCCCAACUGUGAGAUCAGGAACGGCAGUUGCCAGGGCUCGUGCCUGAACGGCGGACGCUGUGAGGAGUCACAGUCAGCUUGGCACUGUGCGUGUCCACCUCCCUUCGCUGGGAAGCACUGCCAGAUUGUGCGGCGACCCUGUGAGAGCGCCCCCUGUCUGCAGGGAGGGAAGUGCGUGGAGCAGGAGAGUGGGCAAGGCUUUACCUGCAACUGUCCGAUGGGCUUCACAGGCGCACGCUGUGAGGUGCAGCUGGACCCCUGCGAUCCCAACCCAUGCCAGCACGGUCUGGAGUGCCACCGAGCGGAGGGCAGCUACAGGUGCUACAGCUAUGCUGGGACCUGUCACGGGCAGCACUGCCAAGCAGGUAGUCAGGGCAGCUUCGUGACGUCCAUGGUGAUGGUGGGCGUGUUCGCCCUGGCGCUGGCGGCUGGUUGCACGGCGUGUGCCGUGCUGCUCUCGCGGCUCCAGCGGCGGCACCAGCGCAAGCAGCAGCUGCAGGGCGGCAGCGUGGCGCGGCACGAGGGCGCCACCACCAUCAACAACCAGCGGGACUUCUGCGUGCCCGUCCGCAACGUGGAGCGCGGGGCGCCCCUGAUCCCCGCCGCCUCCGGCCUGCCGCCGCCGCCGCCCUCGUCGCGCUGCUGCGUCGCCGCCGAGGAGAUCGAGCUGACGCUGCCGCCGUCGCCCGCGCCCUCCCACUCCUCCUCGCCCGCCCUCAAGCCCGCCCACCUGCCCAAAAUGGACAUCUCCAACCUGGAGCGCGAGAAGCUGAACCGCUUCCACUACACGGACAACCACGAGCAGGAAGCGUGACCUGCCGGUGACCCCUGACCUUUCUGUGACCCCUUCCCAGCAUCCUUCUCCCAAGACUCGUGUGUGUUUGUGACCACCCCUAUCCCAGAUACCCUCACACGACAAGUGCUCUGGACCCAAGGGCCACAGGUCAGCCCUGCCACCCACCCACUGUUGGGACCCUCUUCAACCUCUCGUGUGUCCGAUGAGGGCCUUAUGAACUCUCGUUGACCGAUGUUGUGGGGUCGUGGUGGUUUGGCAUGUGCUACGGAAGGGACAGAGUCGUAGACAUUUUUAUUUAUGCUGGUGUGGCUUCGCUGGCAACAGAUACCGUUACCACUGUCAAAAUGGGAUUCACAGAUAUCAGUGAAAGGUGCAUUAUUAGUGUGUGUGUGUGUGUUCUGAGUGUGUGUGUGUGUGUGUGUGUGUGUGUUCUGAGCGUAUGUUUGUGUGUGAGUGUGUGUAUCUGUGUGCAUGCGUGUGUGUAUUUGUGCUGUAUUGUCUGUGCCACUGUAAGUGAUCUGGUGAUUUCAUGUGAAUGUGUGUGUGUCUUUGUGUGAGAGUACUGGUGUAUUUUUCCUCUGUGUGGGUCUCACUGUUGCUUUCCCAGCCUUUGUCUUAAAACCCGGUGAAUUCUCCCUGGAGGUCCCCUCACCUGAACACGUACAUUUAGCCAGAGACACUAUGGCAUCUUAAAUGACUAGAGUUACUGAAGAAAAGGGGAAUUUUCCUGAACAGGGGACAGCCAAAUAAUUGAAGGAGUGACAAAGGGAGCAUAGCAAUUGUGGAAGAAAGUUGCAAAAGUGAUAUGGUUAAUUAAAAAGACACAAAAAACCAAAAGACUGCAAGUUGACAAAAGAAAAAAAAAGGAUUCUUACUAAAUGUUGCCUAUGCUGUGUUGCAGUUGUAAAGGAUGUAUGAUUUUUUUUUAUACUUGUAUGUAAAUACUGAUCCUGUAAAUAUGUUGUACAUAUUGAUUUGGAGCAUUCUUUUGUACUGCAGUUGGUUUCAGAAUGUUGCCAUUUUAAAUGACUUCCUUUUUAUCUCCAUUCACUCCUCUCAGCUGGAAUUGCAGCAGGAUUGGAUUGUAAUUAAA